UGGCUUGCUGCAACUCUGAAUGAAAGAAUCUCUCUCUCUCUCUCUCUCUCUCGCUGUCUGGAUGCAUGGCGUCUGCUGGCUGCAGCUCGCCAGCACAUGUCCAGAGAAAACAAGCCAGUCCUCUAAGAUGGAGUAACUCUUUUCUCUACACCUCCCUUUGAGUGGAUUGCAUAUCUCCUCCGGGUUGUUUUGCUUGGGACCGUUCGUCACGUCAUGGACUGGGCCGCUCUUGUCAAGACUGAAGAACGAGGAGCACAAACCACCUCACGUUUCUGGAAGAAAGCACCACUUUUUGUGCAGACCUGUGACCGAUGCCCACACUGAACCAUGCCUGACGUCUAAGUCCACAUAGUCCAUACUGACCUGUACGUUGUUACCAGUCUGUAUACUCAAAACCACCAAAAAAAUGACCUCACCGAUAUGCACCCGGAAGCACUUCUCCGCUCGCCUGUCCCUGGCCACGCUGCUGCUGGUCCAGGUGAGGUGGGGGUGCUGUCAUCCGCAGUGUUUGGACUACAAGCCGCCGUUCGAGCCCCGGCAGCCGCUGCUCUUCUGCAAGGACUACUCCAAGUUCGGAUGCUGCGACGACGAGAAGGAUCAUCGGCUGUCGGUCAAGUUCUACACCAUCAUGGAGAACUUCGACCACGUGGGCUACGCCACCUGUGGGAAGUACAUACGCAGCAUUAUCUGUCAGGAGUGCUCUCCAUACGCUGCCCACCUGUACGACGCCGAAGACGCAAACACACCCAUGCGGGUCUUGCCCGGACUGUGUGGCAACUAUUGUCAAGACUACUGGCACCAGUGUAGGUACACACUGAGUCUCCUCCUGGAGGACCUUGGGAGCCCGGGACAGUUUUCAAACCUGACCGCCACAAUAGAAGAAGACCAGAGAAGGUUCUGUGAAUUUCUGGAGCUGAAGGAUAAACAAUACUGCUACCCUAAUGUCUUGUCUAACACGGAACUCAAUGCCAACCUGGGUUCGGUGCGAGCGGAUUCCGAAGGCUGUCUGGAGUUGUGUUUGCAGGAGGUGGCGAAUGGACUCCGCAACCCGGUGGCUAUGAUCCACGCAGAUGACGGAACACAUCGGUUCUUCGUGGCCGAGCAGCUGGGCUACGUGUGGGUGUAUCUGGCCAACGGUUCCAGGAUCGACCGUCCGUUCCUCAAUCUCACGCGCGCUGUCCUGACGUCACCUUGGGCUGGAGAUGAGAGGGGGUUCCUCUGCAUAGCCCUGCACCCUAGGUUUACCACAGUCAGAAAGGCCUACGUUUACUACUCGGUGUCCGUCAAGAAGGAGGAGAGGAUACGCAUCAGCGAGUUCACACUGUCGACGUACGACGACAACCAACUUGACCACUCUUCAGAGAGGACCCUCCUCGAAGUGGAACAACCAGCGUCCAAUCAUAACGGGGGUCAGCUUUUGUUUGGCCACGACGGAUAUCUGUACAUCUUUAUCGGGGACGGCGGUCGAGCCGGGGACCCUUUUGGAAAAUUUGGCAACUCGCAGAACAAGUCAACCCUCCUUGGCAAAGUGCUGCGAGUGGAUGUGAAUAACAACGACGAUGGCGCCCCUUACAGCAUCCCUUCAGAUAACCCGUUCCUCGGAGAGAAGGGGAGCCUCCCAGAGAUUUAUGCCUACGGCGUACGCAACAUGUGGCGAUGCGCCAUCGACCGAGGCGACCCGGCGACGGGCCAAGGUCGAGGCAGGAUGUUCUGUGGCGAUGUGGGCCAGAACAAAUACGAGGAAGUAGACCUCAUCCUGAAAGGCGGAAACUAUGGAUGGAGGGCAAAAGAAGGCUUCAACUGCUACGAUCGCAAACUCUGUCGUAACUCAUCUCUGGACGACAUCCUGCCAAUAUUUGCCUACCCCCACAAGAUGGGCAAGUCAGUGACGGGCGGGUACAUCUACAGAGGUUGCCAGAUGCCCAACCUCAACGGACUCUACAUCUUUGGGGAUUUCAUGAGUGGGCGUCUGAUGUCCUUAAAAGAGGACGUGACCACGGGGGAAUGGCAGUACAAUGAGGUCUGCAUGGGACGAGACCAAACCUGCAGAUUCCCCAAACUCAUCAACAGCUACUAUAAAUACAUCAUCUCUUUUGCAGAAGAUGAAGCAGGUGAAUUGUACUUUCUUGCCACGGGUGCGGCGAGUGCCACCGCCAGAGCGGGAGUCAUCUAUAAGAUAGUGGAUCCCUCCAGGCGAGCUGCACCAGGAAAAUGUGGCAUCAAACCUUCGCCGGUGAAGGUAAAGGGAAAACUUCUCCACUUCCGCCCAAAAGAAGAAUAUGUUAUGGACAAGAAAGCGACCACCACACCCGUGCCGACCACAACGGCGAGGACAGCCCCCGCCACCAGAAGAGCCCCGACAAGAAGAAGCACCACACCCACUCCCACCAGAAAAGCUUGGCCCCCGCAAGCGCCGACGGGAAGAGCGGCCAAAAAGACGCCGACAGCGGCCCUAAAAACGACGACCUCGGCAGCCACUUUGGCCAAAGCCACACCCACCGGUUCCGUCGACACUGCAGCCUUCUCCGGCAUUCAAACCGCAAGUUCAUCGAGGAAACAUGUGAGACCCCACCCGACUACCUCCUCCCGGACUCUAACCUUCCCGCAGGCCCCUCCUCUUCUGUCCACAAAGAAAACGUACACACGUUUGACCAAUGCCCGUAGUCCUGAGCCUCAAAGGAGGUCGACGACUCCACGGCCGCCGUAUUGGAUCCCCAAGCCCACAUCCUAUAGACCUCCAACCAACCCCACUCAGGCAAAGGUGGUGUUGGGAGAUAAGACGGACAACGCGGAGGAAGGUGAGGGUAACCAAGUGAAUAAACGGCCCAGGGUAGGAGGACGAGGGUACGGUCACAAGGGAGUAAGAACAGGAGGCCGAAGGAUCCGUGUCGGCUCGGUCCGACUAGUCAGCACAGACGGUCUAUCCGACCGAGGAAGAGUCGAGAUCUUCAUCCGUGGGGAGUGGGGGACCGUCUGCGACGACCUCUUCACCACCAGGGCCGGUAGCGUGGUGUGUCGGCAGCUGGGCUUCACCACGGCGCUGGCGGUGAUGAAGAGGGCCGUUCUGGGUUCGGCGGACGUCGCCGUCCGGAUCUUCUUGGACGACGUGGAGUGCGAGGGCGAGGAAAGGUCCCUGCUGGACUGCAAGAGGUCCAGAGUCGGGAAGCACAACUGCUCCCACUCGGAGGACGUGGGAGUGAUCUGUGGGUAGGGGAGGACCUUGGAACGUAGGUCUGGAUGAGUUUUUGCCCCAUACCUUUGAGAAUCCUGAGUGUGACGGAUGCAUGAAGGAGUGGAGGGUUGGUUAUUUUAUCCAGGACUAGCUGCAGUGUGCUCAAACAACCACCAGGUAGCAUCGGUCAGCAGAUCAAUCAAGAAAACUAAAUGCAUUUUUCACUCAUGCUUUAAGUGAGGGAUGAGGCAAAAAGUAAUCCAGGCCUACUCUUGUUUGGUAAUCUCCAGAUCAAUGUUCGGUUUUUACAAAUUUUAAGCUCACGUCCGCCUAAAUCCUCAAAGAUGACGCAACCGCAUUUGUGUUGAUCUGUUGUUAAUUGUAGAGAUACCGCGUUCAUGUUUAACCGUCAUCAUAGGAACUACAAAAGAUUAUUAAUAUUCCGAAUACGGGAUAAAAUCACGGGAAAAAGUUCCUAUAUUCAGGUCAGUACAAAACGUACCGUAUUUUUCGGACCAUAGGGCGCACCGGAUUAUAAGGCACACUGCCGAUGAGCAGGUCUUUUUUCAUACAAUAGGUGCACCGGAUUAUUAUUAUUAUCGGCGGUCACUCGAACGAGUAUGACGAUCCUCCUGGUAGGGGUGUAUCCCUUUAUGGAGGAUGCCUGUGCGUGACUUUGUUUUACGUGGGGAGACUGGUGCACAGGCAGUCACCACACGAUCCUUGACAGAACCGGGUCAGGGUCCAGUGGCAUGGAGUCCAAGACGACUGGGGACCCUUUUCUGCUGCAGCCUUCUUCCGCCAUCAUAGCCGUUGUGGUAGUUCUUAAAGCUACCCUCUUCCGCCUGCUCCGCCGUUGAGGUAUUCACCGUAUUUCUGGCUAGGGGGCAGUCAGGUACCAGGCCUUUGCCAAGGGCCACCUGGGGUAACAGUAGUAAAGGGGUUAACCUCCUAGUGCCCCAAGACCCCAUAGAGGAGCCUCCACUGCCGGAUGCACUUUAACGUCAUGCCCAAGACAUGGACCGGAUUAUAAGGCGCAUUAAAGGGGUUGUAUUAGGAUUUUUUUUCUAAAUGUAAAAGACUUCUUUGUGGUCUACAUACCAUGUGAUGGUGGUUCUUUGGUCAAAAUGUUGCAUAGAUGAUGUUUUACAAGUCGCUUUCUGACAAUCACUUUUGUGGGCGGUGUUAUUUCGACAGCGUCUUCUCCCCGUCAUCUUUGUUGUAGCGGUGUAGCGUGCAAGGACGGGAGUGAAAGAAGUGUCAAAAGAUGGCGCUAACUGUUUUAAUGACAUUCAGACUUUACUUCAAUCAAUAACGGAGCAGCAUCCGGAAACAACAACACCGGAAAUAUGUCCCGUGAAAAAACGUCCGACCGGAACUCUCUAAUAACUAAAGUUCCUUGGGUGAAUAAUGUAAACUCACUACACCGGUAUGUUUUAGCGCUUCCAUACCGAGUCUACUGACAGAUAUAAGUAAGAACUUUAUGCUACUUUAUGUUAAAAAAUGGCAACAGUGGAGGAUGAAUGUCCCAUAACAAAAAGACAGAGAAAAAGAAGAAGCUUAUCGACUACGGUGUCGGCACAGACUACAAAGGCGGACCCGCGCACAUUUUCAGGACUUAUGCGGAUCCCAAAUACACAUCAGCAGGUACCAGAAGGUAGGUGUCAGGUUCAAACACUGAUGACAUCUAUUAAACAAGACAAGAAGCAAGGAAUUAAACAGGGACAGAAUAAAAAAUUGGCUCAAUGAGGAGAAAUGCGUACACCUGUACCCUUGCACAGUGUUCCACGUUCUGACGAAAGAUUGUACGCCUCCUCUUUUAUUUGGACUUUCCCUGAUUACAUGGCAACAGCUGUCUCUAAGGGAGGGCGGUCGUAAACAGCCAUCGCCUUUGAUUAAAAACAGUUCAAAGAAAAGGUCCCUGGAGGGGAGUCAGACCCUGCUUCCUCUCCGCUUUGUAGCUCUCGGGUCAAGACAAAAUCUUUCUGUGGAUUACAGUACAUCAAAGAAACAGAACACCUUCAUGUUGCUUCCCAUCCCACACAGUGGAGUUUUACAAGCCUUCUGCUUGGUAGGAUCUGUUGCGUCGACCAGCUCUUCCUCCCAGGGAAUCUAAGUUACUGGUCAAUCCCAAGUUCUUUAGACGACAUAUAUGCUGAGUAAGAAGGAUCACCAAGACAGAAUAGGAAUAUUAUCAAGUUUUACUGAAAUUUCAGGAGAACCACCUAGACCAAUACAUUCAUACCGGCUUCCUAAGUUGUUCUAACACUCAAACGGAAGAGCCAACUUCUUGCAGCUUGAAGAAAGCCCCCGCCUCUCUGGAAAGGAACACAGCCUCAUUGUUCUACUACAGUUAAGACAAAAGUGAGUAUUCCAUCUCCUACAGUGCAGGCCUUCAAGGUAACACACAUAGUUUACUUGCGGUCAUAAGAUAAAAAAUAGAAAGGGUACAAAUGGAAAAAACACUAUCUGUUUUAAACAUGACUAUGAGUACAGAAAUAACUCUUAAACAUAUAUGCAUUCUCCACAGAUCAAAGACAGCUUUUGUCCUCUCGAAGGGCGAGUUGAACUCAAUGUAACACAAGGUUUUGUGAUAACGUAGAUACAAUUAUUCUGACAGUAGGAAAAGUUGGUUUGGCAUAAUAUUGCGAAACUAAACGCCAGGUGAUAUGUCUGCUAAUAGGUGCCAUUUUGCGGUCCUUAUACACACACCAUAAUAAUACUGGUAUGUUUAA